CAAAGCUGCUCUUCCGAUUUCCAAGUCACAUCCCGUUUCUCUAGUCUGCGAGGAUAUUAUGAUUGAUUUGUAAGAUCAUUUCCCGUGCUAUAUAUACAUUGAUACUCCUUUCAUUGUUUUUAGGUUUACAACAAUCCACCAUCGCCUUCGAUUAUCAAAACUCGAAUUUGUAUCCUUCGAUCAUAUAUUCUCUAUUGAUUUCCAUAUCUUCACCUAGAAGACUUCCCUGCAAUUUUAAGGAUGCAUACAAUCGUUUUUGGCCAUUCAUCUUUGCUCGCGACUUUGACUGCAGCAUAUACCCUUCGAACAGCCUUUGCUCAAACCCCUCCAGGCUUCGAGCCAGCCACUUCGAGCCACCUGACGGUUACCUAUGGGACAGCUGCAAUAAACCCCGCUGGAAUUACUGUCCUAGGAAAUGAGGUAGUAGACGCCCCAAGUCUUGGUUUAGCAGGAACAUACUCUACCUACGUCGCAAUCAUGAUGGACUUCAGUGUUGAGACCAACGGGUCCACUCAGUCGAACACCACUCUGCUGCACUGGACCCUAGCUGGUCUUUCUUCUAAUGGAACCACGACUUUGACUUCCCACCAAGCAGCAAUCGCGCCAUACUUUCCUCUUGGCCCACCAGCUGGGCAGACACAUACAUACGGUAUUUUUCUCUACAACGAACCCGCAAACUUCGCAGUUCCAGCAGAGUAUAUCCCUUUCUUCAACAACUUGACUACUCCGGGAUCCUCGGUACUCAACCGUGUCGGCUUCAAUCUUACAAAUUUCGUGGCUAAGACGGGUUUGGGUGCAUCAGUCGCGGCCGACUGGUUUCUGGUGAGCACGCCAAAUGCAACCGGAAAUUCAACAAUGACCACCAACUCGACGUCGAGUGCUACGAGGACGUCAAAUACUGGUGCAGCCACUGUAUCUACUUCGUCCACAUCUUCAAGCCCUUCAACUACACAGAGCAGCUCCGGCACGAUGAUCACGAGAGUUGAGCGGAUAAUGAUGAUUGUUGGCACAUUGGGGUUUUUAGUGAGCUUUUUUUAGUUGCGCUACAAGCGUAUGUUCGAGUACUCGGCUGCUCGGGUGUAUUUGUUUCCUCGCAUAUGUAAUUUCAUUCGAGAGGGCUUAGAAGAGUAUUUCAAUCAUUG